AAUGCUUUGGUGAGCUCUCAGAUAAGAGUAUAUAAAAUGCUGACUUUUUAUGCCGUUUUUUCUAAAGCUUUAAACGAAUGAAGAAGUUGUAUAAAUCGAUAUCAUUUCAUCAAUUUGGUUUAAAAAUCUUCUGCAUAAAACAGGCAUUAGAGACAUAUAUGCCUUAGUAACAGCAAUACAGAGAAACGAGAAUGGAGGCAACGGAGGCUGAUUGUAAACAAAAAUCUCAUGGCGAACAUACAAAACCAGCUGCCAAAAAUGAUUUAAUUACGGAUUGUAUUAAUUGUUUACCUAAUGGUCGUAAAAGGAUGAGUAGAGAUACUGGUUUCAACGAGAAGAUUGAAAAGGACAUUAAGAAAUUAGAGAAUGUACUAAAAUUUGGAAACGAGAAUGCAAUCGUUGAGCAUCUGAAUGAACUUAUAUCGAUGAUUCAUUUGGCUGAAAUAGAUCAACUAAAUAGAAGGCUCAAAGCGAAAAACAAAGGAGAAACAUUGUUACACAUAGCGUUAAAAUUCAAAAAUACCCACGAAUUUAUCAAAGAAUACUUAAGUAAGCAUCCUAAAGGUGUAAAGGAAAAGAGAGGAAAAGAAAAAAAAUACAAAGGUCAAACACCUUUACAUGAAAUAGUAAAAGGAAACAUCAAGGCUGUCGAAAUAAUUCUUAAAACCGCAAAUGAACAUAAAUUAUCCAAAAAGCUGUUAAAAACAUGUGCAGUGGGUAAAAAGUUCAAAAAUACAGUUUUAAUUGGACAGCUGCCAUUUAGUGUUGCUGCCCUAGCAUGCAAAAACAAAGACUUUCAAAUCAUUAAAUAUCUUCUAACAGAGGUUGAUGUAUGGAAAAGAAACAGAGACGGUGACACUGUUUUUCACUUUUUGAUCAAAUAUGCCGACAUUUAUCCGGAGAAAAUGCAACACAUCAGACCAACUUUUGAAUAUAUUUGGUCGGAAGUCUUUCAAGAUUACAUCUGUGAAUCUCAACGUGCAUUCAAAAAUCCAGUAGAUAGUUAUUUUUGGAAGAAAAUGGAAAACAGUUCUGGAUUGACUCCUCUACAUUUAUCUGCCAAACUUGGCGUUAGUGAGCUUUUUGAUUUUAUUAUUAACACUCAAAAUAUUUAUCGCUUUCCAAAUAUCAAAGAUGGUCUGUUUGACAUUCGAAAAUACGAUGUAACUGAAUUUGACCGAUUGAUAAGCUAUACAAGAAUAAGUAUGUGCCCUGCACAGAAAGAAGAGAAUUCUGAAGACAAGCAAAAUCACCCUUUAGACGCAGACAAUGGCUCUUCAAACAAUUCUAUAUGCUCAAGUAGUUUUAAAAAAGCGAAAAAAACAAACAAAUGACCACGAACAGAAAAUAACAAUAUUAGAGAGUCUCUUUGACUCAAAAUGUUCUCAUAAAGAAGCAUUUCAGAUCCUUAAUCAUCAGCUAGUACAAUUUAUCUUGCAUAGGAAAUGGCUGGCUUACAGAGCAAUUC